UAACAAUAGUGGUAGUUAUCUCCCUUGUACCAACUUUAUAUUUUGCACUAUAUUUUAUAAAGAAGAUAUUUAUUGCCAAUUGCAGGUCUUGGAAGUCAAAGUAUUUGUUAUGCCACUACCACCAGCAUUAGCAGCUCGGCUUGCUAAAAGAGGAAUAGUAAAAGAUACACCUAAACCACCCCCACCACCUUUUAAAGAGGCUAAAAAAAAUGAUGAUGAAGAAGUAUUUGCUGAAGAUUAUGAUGACAUGCGAAAAUCAGACCACCCCCAAAUUCCAGAACAAUAUACAAUACCCGAACCUGUAGCAAAACCUAUUAUACAGGUAGAAGAAGAGGAAGAAGACUAUGAUCCUAACGAACCAAUCAUUACAGAAGUCAUAAACUGUCCAUUUAAAAUUAACCCUUAUCAUGAAUGUACCGAUUAUUGCAAAAAUACAUAUGGACUUAAACCGUUUGAACCAGAAUCUAAAAUGUUAAAAUUACGAGAACGAAUGUUACGGAAAUAUCCAUUACCAGAUAAUUGGCGAGAAGUAGCUGAUCCACUUUCAAAUCGUUAUUAUUAUUGGAAUAUGAUGUCAGAUCAAGUUUGUUGGUUGUCACCAUUACAUCCUAGAGCUACUGUUACAUUACCAGCUGAAAGAUUAAAAGGUUUAUUAGAUGACAAAGAUAAUUUAUCUGACCAGGAAGAUGAUGAGAAAAUGGAAGAAGGAAGUGAUUUGAGUGAUGACGACAGUAUGUCUGGCUCUGAUUCAGAAGAAGAUGUAAUAAUGCCUGAUAAAAAUAAUAAAAAGAAAUCACAAGAUUAUGGAGGAAGACAAAACAGAGAUGAUGAUCGGGGUAGAGGAAGAGGCAGGAGGGGCGGAAGAAAACAAAGAGAUGAACUUGAUCCUAUGGACCCUGCAUCCUAUUCGGAAGCCCCUAGGGGUACUUGGAGUAGUGGUUUGGAUCAAAGAGGAUCAGCUAAAACAGGUGUGGAUGCCACAGCUUCGGGUCCACUAUUUCAACAAAGACCGUAUCCUAGUCCUGGUGCUGUAUUACGUGCUAAUAGACAGAUGGAGGAUGAUAAAUAACUGAACAUACCUGAAUCAAGGAACAAUAUUCCUGUACAUGAUCAUACAUGCAGGAAAAUAACAAUAAAGCUACCUGUGAACUGUUAGUUAAUGGAUAUUCUCUGCUGUGAAUUAUCUGUAUGUUGAAAGCAUCACUUAUUUAAUGAGACAUCUUAAUAUAAAAUGUAUGUGAAGA